UGUGACAUACACAGCUUGUACGCACAAACGCGCACACAGGCAUUAAUAUCUAUCUUCUCUUCUUCCCAGUCUCUUCUUCUCCAGAUCUCAAAUGGCUCACCCGAAACUGAAAACCCUAGUUUCUCUCUCUAUACUCAUUUCCUCUCUCCUCUCCUUCGCCAUAGCCGAUGAUGCAGCUUUCAUGUCUAAGCUCGCCAAAGCCCUCUCCAAUCCCUCCGGCUGGUCCAGCAGCACCUCUGUCUGCAAAUGGGACGGCGUCAGUUGUGACAGCUCCAACCGCGUCACCUCUAUCAACCUUGCUUCCAAGUCUCUUUCUGGCACUCUUCCUUCUGAUCUCAACUCUCUCUCUCAGCUAACUUCCCUCUCUCUUCAGGACAAUGCCCUCUCCGGUCCUUUACCGUCUCUGGCAAAUCUCUCGUCCCUUCAAAGUGUGUUUCUUGACUCCAACAAUUUCACCUCCAUUCCUGAAGGUUGCUUCCAAGGGCUCACCAGCUUGCAGACCCUCAGCUUGAGCAACAACGCCGACCUUGCACCCUGGUCGUUUCCGACUGAUUUGACCCAGUCUUCGAAUCUGGUGACUCUUGAUCUCGGAACCUCUAAUCUCGUGGGUUCUUUGCCAGAUAUUUUUGACUCCUUACCGAGCUUGCAGAAGGUGCGUCUUUCUUACAACAACCUCACUGGUGGGUUGCCUGCCUCGUUUAAUGGAUCUGAAAUUGCAAACUUAUGGCUUAACAAUCAAGUCAAUGGAUUAUCCGGUACAAUCGACGUGUUAUCAUCGAUGCCCCAGUUGUCUCAGGUCUGGCUUCAGAAGAACCAGUUCACAGGUCCCAUUCCCGACUUGUCCAACUGCAAGAGUUUGUUUGAUUUGCAGCUUCGGGACAAUCAGUUAACUGGUGUAGUCCCACCUUCUUUGAUGUCUCUCUCGAGCUUGCAGAACGUUUCUUUGGACAAUGAUAAGCUGCAGGGCCCGAUGCCUGAGUUUGGCAAAGGUGUGCAGGUUACUCUUGAGGGGAAUAGCUUUUGUAAGAGUAGUCAGGGAUCUUGUGAUGAUCGUGUUACGACGUUGCUUGAGAUCGCUGCAGCUUUUGGGUAUCCGAUUAAGUUGGCAGAUUCAUGGGAUGGCAAUGACCCCUGCAAUGAUUGGAGUUCCAUUGUGUGCACAGAUGGAAAGAUUACCACGGUGAAUAUGGCGAGGCAGAAUUUCGGGGGAACAAUUUCACCUGCAUUUGCAAAUUUAACGGAUUUAAGGAACUUGUAUCUGAAUGGCAAUAAUUUGACUGGCUCAAUACCCGAGAGCUUGACAACUUUGCCUCAACUUAAGAUUCUUGAUGUAUCUAACAACAAUCUAUCUGGAAAGGUUCCCAAGUUCUCAUCAAAGGUGAAGCUGACAUCUACUGGCAAUCUUUUGCUUGGAAAAACUAUUGGUUCCGGAGGAGGAGUAAAUGGAACUAGUCCUACCACAGGUUCUGGUGAUAUUUCACCGGCCGGAAGUCCAUCUGGAAAGGGAACUAGCACUUCCUUGUCAUCUGGCUGGAUUGCAGGUAUAGUCAUUAUUGUCCUAUUUUUUGUGGCGGUGGUGUUGUUUGUCUCUUGUAAAUGUUAUGUAAAAAAUCGUCAUCAGAAAUUUGGAAGGGUUAGCAAUCCUGAAAAUGGAAAGGGAGAUGUUAAAAUUGAUGUAUCGGGUGUUUCCAAUGGAUAUGCUGGAGUUCCUAGCGAGUUACAUAGCCAGAGCAGUGGCGACCGUAGUGACCUUCAUGUUUUUGAUGGUGGCAGUGCUACAAUUUCGAUUCAAGUUCUUCGCCAAGUAACGGAUAAUUUCAGUGAAGAUAACAUUUUGGGCAGGGGAGGAUUUGGUGUUGUUUACAAAGGGGAAUUGCAUGAUGGAACAAAAAUUGCCGUGAAGAGGAUGGAAUCUGUUGCGAUGGGAAGCAAAGGAUUGAAUGAAUUCCAAGCAGAGAUUGCAGUCCUUACUAAAGUCAGGCACAGGCAUUUGGUUGCUCUUUUAGGAUAUUGCAUUAAUGGCAAUGAAAGGCUUUUAGUUUAUGAGUACAUGCCUCAAGGCACACUAACACAGCAUCUUUUUGAAUGGCGUGAGAAGGGGUGCACUCCUCUGACUUGGAAGCAAAGGGUAGCAAUAGCUUUGGAUGUGGCAAGGGGAGUGGAAUAUUUGCAUAGCUUAGCUCAACAAAGCUUCAUUCACAGAGACUUGAAGCCUUCAAACAUACUUCUAGGUGAUGACAUGAGAGCAAAGGUCGCAGAUUUUGGGUUGGUUAAAAAUGCACCUGACGGAAAGUAUUCUGUUGAGACCCGUUUGGCUGGAACUUUUGGGUAUCUUGCACCUGAAUAUGCAGCUACUGGAAGAGUGACAACCAAAGUCGAUGUUUAUGCAUUUGGAGUUGUUUUGAUGGAACUGAUCACUGGUAGAAAGGCAUUGGAUGACACUGUCCCAGAUGAAAGGUCUCACCUAGUGUCAUGGUUCCGCAGGGUUCUAAUCAACAAAGAGAACAUCCCGAAGGCUAUUGAUCAAACUUUAGACCCGGACGAGGAGACAAUGGAGAGCAUAUAUAAGGUGGCCGAGCUUGCAGGGCACUGCACUGCUCGCGAGCCAUACCAAAGGCCAGACAUGGGCCAUGCAGUGAAUGUGCUGGUUCCUCUCGUGGAGCAGUGGAAACCAACUAACCACGAAGAAGAAGAAAGUUAUGGAAUUGACCUACACAUGAGCCUACCUCAAGCUCUGCAAAGAUGGCAAGCCAACGAAGGCACUUCUACAAUGUUCAAUGACAUGUCCCUCUCACAAACCCAAUCAAGCAUCCCUUCUAAACCUUCGGGAUUUGCAGACUCCUUUGGUUCAAUGGAUUGCAGGUGACAAGAUUGGGAUCCCGAGAAGAGACAUCAUCUAGGCACUUUUCGCUUGGUCAAAGGACGUACAAUGAAAACCGAAGGCCGUCAGGCUGCUUGAUCUAGCAGCAUCACCAAAUAGUAGCAUCACGAUUUUUUUUUAAUUAUUUGAAAUAAGUUUAUCAUUUUAAUUAAUUUUUUUGCGGGUGUUCUGGGAGUCUACGCAAGAAAAAACCCGGGUAUGUCUUAGUUUGACUUUUUGUGUCCGAGUCUUCAUUUAGUGGAAAGGUUUUGUUUUGAAGGGGGGGGGGGAGCUGGAGGUGGGAAGGGCCCGUAGGAAUGUGAAUUGUAUGUAUGAUAUUCUUUUUACGAGAUAAAAGUAUAUUUUAAUGCUUUCAAUGA